CCAAGACGCAGCACUGAGGAACCAGACCUCAAACAACUCAAUGCAGCCUUGGCAGCUCUGGUCGACAUCUUCCCCGAUGUGCAGCCCGAGGUAUUCCGAGAAAUGCUCCUGAGUGUCAGUGAAGACAGCAGACUGCAAAUCGUCACAGAACAUCUACUGCAGAAGAAAGCGAAGUGGGUGCAAGGAAGAUACAGGACUCCGCAGUCAUCGCAGGAAAGGACGAAAGUCAAGAAGCGCAGAUCAUCUGCUGCUGUUUCUCGCGAGCAUGGCCUUCUGGAGGACGAAGACCUGUUCCGGGGAGAGAAUUAUAAGAAAGCCGUCAAGCAAGUCUUCCACCAGGAGUUUCGCAAUUUGCGCCAUUCUACCAUUAAAGGCGUUCUGGCCGAGCAGAACUUCUCUUACACGCUCGCCCGGCCCAUACUACAGCAACUUGCAAGUAAAUCCUGGAGACUGUCUUUUACGAACUUCUGGCCCAGAAAAGCCGCAUAUACCGCUGCAGAAGGUCAUCCUUUCAUAAUUUGGCAGCCCGAUGCUCAAGGUGGCCAAGGAGACCCCGCUGUGAGACAGACGGGAAGCGGCGAGCUCGAUCGAGAGCUAUACGAUCUUUUCGUGGCGCCCAUUGUGCUCAGGCAACGGCAAGAUCGAGAGCGAGCGGACUAUCUCACAGCUAGUGAGCUUAAUGAGGCCGCGGCCGAAGAAGCGGAAGCUUUGUUCGAUUGCGAAUGCUGCUUCAGCUCGGUAUCCUUCGAGAAGAUUGCGACCUGCGACGAAGACUGCCAUGCGUUGUGCUUGGAUUGCAUACGUCGUACUGUGAAUGAGGCAUUGUAUGGCCAAGGUUGGUCACGUACUGCACAUCUAGGUAAGGCGACCGUACGUUGUUUCUCGCCGAUGUCACAAGAUUGUCAUGGCGUCAUACCGCCUGAUCUGGUGCGACGGGCUGUCACUCAAGGCGCAGACAACGAGGAUGCGUGGCAUGACUACCAAGCUCGUAUCACGAGUGAAACACUACUGGAGUCUGGCCUUCCACUACAGCGAUGUCCGUUUUGCAGCUAUGCCGAGAGCAACGAGAUUCCUCAACUCUGCUUGAAGCAUCCAAAAGCCCUCUGGUCUCACAUCAACUCCAACUUUUACGACAAGCUGUCUCCAGCUAUACAGAUCCUAUUCAUGGCGCUCGUGAUGAUGCUAGCUAUCCCAAUACCAAUCUUCACAAUUCCACUUCUGCUCCUUGUUGGUCUCGGCUGGUUGGUCAUCCACAUCAUACCAGAAGCAGCAGCUACUUUCGAUCGGUCGAUAUCACGAGUUCACAAACGCCGACGUGGUAUCCGGUUCAGAUGUCAAAAUUCGUCCUGCAUGAAAGUGUCAUGCAGUCGAUGUCUCGCCGCCUGGCGUGACCCUCAUUCCUGCUUCGAAUCUGAAAAGACGUCACUUCGGACGGCAAUCGAAGCCUCAGCGACAGCAGCAGUCAAGCGUACCUGUCCACGCUGCUACCUGUCCUUCGUCAAAUCUAGCGGCUGCAACAAGCUCGUCUGCAAUUGUGGCUAUACCAUGUGCUACAUCUGUCGCUCGGAGAUCACAAGCAAAGAAGGCUAUGCACACUUCUGCCAGCACUUCCGUCCUAACGGAGGCAGAUGUGCCGAGUGUGAGAGAUGUGACCUGUAUGGCGACGAAGACGAAGAGGCUGCUAUCCGAAGAGCGGCGGAAGAAGCCGAACAGAUGUGGAGAGAGAAGGAAGGUGGC